AAUAAUUUAUAAUUCAGCCGUUCAAAAUAUGUAAAAAACAAACAAAAAGAAAAGUUUUCGAGCCAGAAAGUUGCCAAAUGUAAUUUUAGAAUCUUACAGUUUUAGAACGAAAAUUGACGUAAGAAAAACGCGCACGCGCGAAAAUUAAACAGAAAAGGCAUAAAAAGGCAACACAACAUGAGAGGCUAGCAUUUUACAAUAAUUACAUAAUUUUAACAUAGUUUUAUUAGAUUUAAGUAGUUCAUUGAUAAGAUAAAAAGAUUAAAAUGUUAGGAAACACUAGGGGAUCAAAAAGAAGCGGUUUUCGCUUUGUUGUUAAAAAUUGAAAUGUUUCUGCAGGGUCGCGUUAUAAUUGUUUGGUUAUCUUGGCUUAUUGGAGGCAUUUGCGGUGUUGUUAUUCUGUUGAUUAUUAUAUGUUACUGCCGCCUAAUGCCGCGUCAUCAGAAAUCUUUCGACGAGCAAUAUCUCAAAGAACAUUACACAAUAAAGGAAGGGCAUGGGUACACGAGUCAGGAGAACUAUAGGCUCAAACACACAGAGGUUCAAGUGCAGCGCCACACGAGGCCGGCCAGCUACGCCGGCGACGCGGAGUGUCGGCGACAGAGGGAGCCGGCCCGCGCACAGACUCACUGCUACGUGAACAGAGUGCCCGACGCGCCCAGAGAACACGCAGUGCAGUACGCGUCCAGUGGGAUGCUGGAUGAGAUGGAGGGCGCGGCCAGCAUCGACGCGCUGAAGACGCGCUCGCUGCCCGCCUUCCUGCGCCCCAAGCCGCGCCCGCUGUCCACCGAAGACGAUCUGCAUCAACUCUACGCGAAGGUGAACCUCAGCAAAAAGUACAAGAACCGCAUGCGCAGUGAACACGCAGCCAUCAUCGCUCUCAGCAAGUCGCACAGCCAGUUCUUCGACGCGGACGCCGUCAUCGUGUAUGAUCAACGAACCGCUCUUUAGAACUUCUUUAUAUUUUAGAACAGUCAGCAACA